UGAAAGUUGAAAGGUAACGGACUUGUAGCGCACCCACAGGCACACGUGCAGCAGCAGAGAUGGCUGCCAUUUAUUCUGGGAUCCACUUGAAGUUGAAGAGUCCUGGGACUCCAUGGGAGAACAAGCUGAAGCUGGCUCGGUUUGCUUUCAUCUCCCCCCAGUGCCUGUUGCCGAACAAGGAACAGGUGUUACUGGAUUGGACCACACAUGCUUUGACAGGAUUCUACAAUAAGAAGGUGGAGUUCUCUCAGAGUGUUCUAAAGGGACUAUGGUGUUACCUUGACGAUUUGCUGCACAGCAAGAAGCUUCACUCCCUGUUGAGCCAGGGUAAAAACAUCACCCUCAAGCUUAAUGUGAAACAGGCACUGCUUGAUCGUCUACAGGAGUGUUUGUGUGACGGGCCUGAACCCUCGGUGUCUCUAUCGACACUGCUGAGCGUGUGUAAAGGCAUCCUCUCCUCCCCAACCCUCUCAUCCAUCCUCACAACCAAAUAUGAACUCUUGGCAGAGCUCAUGGCUAAACUUUGCUGUUUGGCCUGUUACAAACUACAACACCGGGACUCUGCGCCUCCCGCACUGGCGUCCAAACCGGGCUCAGAACCUGCCCCGUCUCAAGAUGAACCCACGCUCAUGUUUGAGGUUCUGCUGCAGGUGCUGUCGUGUUAUCUGUCAAUUCAACGGCAACAGGUGAACGCACAUCGCGUGUUUACCGUCGUCACCAACCAGCUGCUACAGCCCGUGGUCCUCCUGAGGCACCUGCUGACCUCUGCCGAGCCCACGCCGUCGCUGCCCUCUCAGCGCCUUCGCCCCCAGCUGAGCAGAGACAUCCGCGGUAAAAUGGACUCCAUUCUCCAGUUGGCACUCUUCCCUACGGAGCAGCUGGGCUCCUACAAGGAAGAGCUCGUCCCGGUGAAGGCGGAGACCGGGAAGGUCGGUCCCGGCGGGGCCAAGGGCCAACCGAAGCCCCUGAAAAUCAUACUGACCAAGCUAGGGGCCCAGGGCUACUGCGAUGCCUCCCUGCAUUAUGCCGUGAGGACGAACGCCUUGUCUCUGCUGUUCAAGCUGUGCUUGGACAGCUAUGGGAAGGGCGGUACCGGUGUCAAUGAGGAGCCGAGGAUGCUCUGUUUCCGUUUUCUCACCCACCUCCUUCCUGCCUUAGACUUAGGCCUGGGCUCCUCAGCGGUGCCCGGCCCCUCUGACCAAACCACCCAACCAGAGAGCUGGAGCCAGGCCCUUCUGACUCUUGAGAACCUGCUCAAUCAAGCACUGUCUUCAGACAUCUAUAAUGUAGCGGCAGAUCGGAUCCGACACGGGGAGGUUCAACUUCUGUUUUACAGAGGGCUGGUCCAAAUACUCUUCAGCCAUGCCCAGCAGAGCAUCCCGGCCUGGUACCGCUGUCUGAAGGUGCUGUUGGGACUCAACCAUCUGAUUGUAGAACCGGAACUGGACCAGCUCUUGUCGUUGGCAUGGGUGGAUUCGGAUUGCAUGGAUUCCAGGGUCCAACGGGCCAGACAGCUGCUGGUGUGUAACCUGCUUCAGACGUACACCAAACUCCACCAGCUUCCCCGCCUCUUCACAGAGCUUCUGUCCGUCGUCUGUUGGCCGGCGUCCGAUCAACUCCGCCCGACCCUGUUGACCGACGAGAUCUGCACCUCCAUCAAGACCUGCCUGCUCGACGCGUCCGCCUCCCAGGCGACGGAGAUCUGCGCUCUGACGCUGGAGAGCAUCAACAGGUACAUUCUACCGGACCUGCUGGACGACGACCAGGGGGAGGACAAGGAGUCUGAGAUGAGUGGAGGGGAGGCAGGCGCGGAGGCCGGAGACGUGAAGAUGGACCAGGGCGGCGGCGUGUUGGACGGGGAGCGAGGCGACGCGUCCCUGAAGCUGGUCUCCCACAGCCAGCUCCUCCACGCCGUCUUGUUCAGCCUGAAGACGCUGGACAACGCCUCCCCCGUCCCGCUGGUGAGGCAGACCACCAAACUGAUGGGGGUCAUGGGACACCUUGUGGACACUCUGCUGAAGCUGGUCACGUCGGAGAGUACUCGGAUGGACACCGACGACGACGACCCAAGUACUUCCAAGACUGAGGAAAGCGAACCAGGCCAAGACACGGAGCCUUGUACCCAGUGGAAGCAGAAAACCACAGAGGCGGCGCUGCUACUGCGCUACACCUGGGUGGAGGUGGACGCCCUCUUCCAUAUACAUUGCAGCAAAUACACGUCUCUCGAGUCGCCCCUAAGCCCAGCUCUAGGCAAGGCCGAUGACCAAGAGCUACCCAGUAGCUUAGUGCUAAGCCGCUUGAAAGAGUUUCUCUCUGGCGAGGUUUUGCCGGGUAUGUUCCUGCCUUUCCCCUCAAAGUCCUCUGAUAGCACGACCAGCGGGUGGCUGCUCAAACUCCUCGCCUUGCAACAAUUUAAGAAAGUGCUGUUAGACUCCCAUCUACUGGCCAAAGCUGAAACUGCAGCAAUACUGAGCAGUGCAGCGCAGUUUAUUUUGGCGAAAGAAGAGCUCUUGGCAAGCUUGGAGAAGGAGCAAGACGCAGACAGGGAGACGAACAAAGGCCCAAACUCCUACCCUGUGGCGCACUGGUAUCUGGUCACAUCAAGUUUACCCUUAAUUGCUUCCUAUCUAUCGGUGGGAGAUGAAGGCUGUGUGGCAGACGUGGUUCUCCGCUCAAUGCUGAGCAGACGGACCAAGGAAAACACGGACUGGCUGCCGGUGUUGUGUGGCAGCCAGUCCAUCUCAGCCAUAUCAUCCCAGCUCCUCCAAAGCCACUUCUACGUUGAGCUGCCUUCCCUGUACUCUUCCACAGUGAAGUCUCUCACUCAGCGAAUCAUCACGGUCCUUCAGAUGUCCCCCGAGACUGAUCUCCCGACGAAAGGAAGUCCGCCGAGCCCAUCGGACAAAGCGAUCCAAGCCCUGGCCGACGUGGAGGCUUUAGUCGAGGUGAUACUGGGAUCCUCUCAGACCAGAGAAGCUUCCAUCGUGGUGUCCCACGCACAGACACAGGAGCUCCUCAGCCUCAUGGACCUCGCGGCAAACCUCAACCCAGACGGGAUCAACGCCGAGGACCUCACCCACCUCUUUCUCCUACUUCUCUUCGUUCUCACGUCUACCACCAGCCCGCCAGAGGGGCCGGCGGGGGUAACCGAUAACCCGGGGAACGACACGCUUUUUCUGGGGAAGCUGCUCGGUCUUCUGACCGGUCUGAUGGAGGGUAGCCAUUUUCAAAGCGUGCUGAAGCAGAUCCAUGGCAGUAGCGUUCUGCAGGCGGUUGUGUCGUCCAUCCUCGCGAGAAGUGGCAAGGCAGGACGUUCCUCCACAGGCGACAGUGGCUGGAUGGAUCUGGUCAAAGCUGUCCAGGGCUUCAUCAAGUCCUUAGUCCACUGCAUCAUCAUCAGAAACAGCAGCGUCCGCCUGAACCUUGACCAGUUUACAUCCUACCUCGCCAGCCAAAGGAUUGCAGGUAUGGAAACCAUUUGGCCUCAGACCGAACCAAGUACACCCACAGUAACCGUGUCUGAAGCUCCAGAGGCCCCAGACAUUCCCUCUCUUCAACUGCUGCUGGCGUCGCUGACUUCCUUCUCCAAGACGAUGGCGCGUUGCCUCGGCAGAAGCAAACCCAUGGACCAAACGUUGUCCGCAACGAUACGGAAAUCCACGGCGGCCCUGGGGCCGAUCAUCGAGACCGUCCUCAAGUCCCAGGCGGUGAGCCGGCCGGCCAGCGUGCUCGGCCAGGCGUUUCUGGUCGAGGUCGUCACCGUCAUGCUCCAGUGUGAGCUGUCCGCCGUACCGGUGGACCCGGGGGCGAAACCGAGCAGCGCGCACACUGCUCUGUACCACAGCUUCUGCCAGCAGAUCCUCAAGGAGAUCCACUCGGCGCCGCGGCCCAAAGACUUCCUGCUCUCCUCGCUGCGCUUUCUGUCUGCCUUCUACUGCAUGGUCAAGAGGAACGCGGGAGAGAAGAGCGGAGGAGACGAGGUGGACGAGCUGUUCACGCGGAUGCUGCAGACUGUGUUCACCCUGCUGGCAGCUGAUUGGCUGUCACUGAGUGAUCUGUGUGGGUUGGAGCCGGCGGUAGAAGACCUCUUAGGCCACCUGCUGGAUGGGAGUACCACAGGACAGUUCAACCUUCUGCUACUGCUGAUCAGAGAGGGACUAGACAGUAGCAAGCUGGAGGCUGGGAGCUACAAGGAGGUUCUGUCUGCCGUCACGACCACAAAGCUCCUGUCACGCUGCGGUAUGCCUGAGGCCUGCUCCAGAGCGCUGUGGCUCAUCGCUCCUCAGAUCAUCUCCUCAAUGGUGUUCGUCGUGAGGUCAUCCAGCCAGGACCCGACCCUGUCCCAGGCCCUCACCGUGCCCACGCUGACCUCCAUGACGUCGCUGCUGAACCAGGGCGAGGGGCUGAUCUCCAGCCCGCACCACGUGACCCUGGUGCUGGCCGCGCUGCAGCUGGUUCCCCUGGAGCGGCUGCCCCCGCCCGCCUACCGGUCCGCCUUCCACGCCGUGCACGAGACUCUGUUCGCCGUCGUCAGCUGCCAUCCUCAGGUGCUGGUGAGCACGGCUCCAACCUUUCUGACGGUGUUCUACCGGCUAGUGGCGUCCAUCAUGCACGAAGGACGGCAGAAAGGAGACAGCGACACAGGUCCUGACGGGGACGUGUACCUCCAGUGCUCCAUGCUGCUGGAGAGGAUGUACACUCACAUCGCCGCGGCUGCGGAGGUCUUCACCAACUUCGCUCCCUUCAUAGUGUCUCAGUAUGUCACCGAGCUGCAGAAGGUCACUCUGCGCCCGGACGUCAAGCUGCGCGUCACGGAAGGGAUUUAUCAGAUCAUGGACCUCUGCAUUGAGAGGGAUAUCAAGUUCCUGACGGCCGGUCUGCAACCCGGAGUCCGGGAAGUUUUUAACGAGCUUUACGCUAGCUACAGCCACUACCACAAGGCUCAGAGACAAGGAGAGGACAAAUACACAGCAGCCUAGGCAGCCGUGCCCAUCGUGGUUACUUGGCAUUCCAGUAAUUCAUGUGUGAACGAUCUCUUGUCCCAAAUGUACGUGUGUAACAUACCAUUUAAUGAAGGCUGUUUUUGAAAGUCACAUUUUGUAACUGUUUAGAUUGCUGAUUUAAGAAAAUGAAUAUAAUAUGGAGUGUAUUAUUAAACACCUGUUUUAUGUACUUUUA